CGGCCGUUGGGCCCGGCCGGGAGCCGUCGGUCUCGCGAGACUUGGAGGCCACGAGGGUGUGGCCUGAGGUGGGAAGCUCCAUUCAGGUGUUCUCAUGGCGGAAGGUCACGGCCUGAUGUCGGUGGAUUACGAGAUUUCCGGGAAGGUGCAAGGUGUGUUUUUCCGUAAAUACACGCAGGCCGAAGGAAAGAAGCUGGGGCUGGUGGGCUGGGUCCAGAACACCGCCCAGGGGACGGUGCGGGGUCAAAUGCAGGGCCCCCCUGCCCAGGUGCGGGACCUGCAGGAAUGGCUCCGCACCAAAGGCAGCCCCAAAUCCCACAUUGAGAAAGCGCACUUCUUCAACGAGAGGAGCCUCGCACAGCUCGAUUACUCCGACUUCCAAAUCAGGAAAUGAUCGGGGCGUCGAGAGCAGGAUUCGGGCGGGCACGUCUUCCUCGGACAACUCAUUCACCUCGUUUCUUUGUGGGUUUUUCUUUAAAGAGUAAUGGCAGAGAGAAGCAGUUGAUGGACAGAAUGGGCAUUCUUCCUAUUUAUCUUAUUUGUUAUUUUUGGAGAUCAUUUUUUAUGUUACUUAGGUCAAUGGGAAACCCUGAAAUGAUGUAUGGGCCGUGCAUGACGGCAGGUUUGCACUUUGAGAGCUAAGCUGUCUUUUAAAAGAUAGUGGAAUACUCUGUGUUUUGUCUAGCAGUUUGCAUUCCAUUUACACCCCUAUUUGUAAAAUGUUUAACUCUUAGGUUUACUUCUGCUCUUCCUUGGAAAGAUUUGAAUUAUUCAUUCAACAGGGCCAGGAAGAACGAUUUGAACGUAUAAUUUAAAAUCUACUGUAAUUACGUCAUCUUUAGAGAGAAUCUGAGUGCUCAGGGAAUUGGGCUUUAUUGUAAAUGAUUUCAAUAAAUGUUUGUUGAUGACAGUUUC